AUGGUAAACAUUGCUGAAACUGAAGCUUUCUUUGAUUUGGUUCUAAGAGAUCAGUUUUUGCAUGUUUAUAAUAGGGAUUUAACUCUUUUCCUAAAAGAGCGAAUACCAAAAUCCAUUCAAGACAUGGCUAAUUUAGCAGAUCAAUACCGUGAAGCAAGGUUGGCUAAUGCUGUAACAUUCACUGGCGACAAAAGCAAUGAUUACCGCCCAAAAAAGAAGGAUCGACACGAUCAUGAUAGUCACAGAAAUGGUAAAGGUGAGAGAAAAUAUCAAGCUAAGCCUUCGUUUAUUCCAAAAUCAGAAAGACGAUGCUAUGUAUGUCAUAAGCAGAAACAAGCCAAAGUUUUGAGAGACACGGAGUGUACUGGUAUAGUUGUGAGAAAAAGCAAGGUUGAUGAGGAUAAGUUCAUUAGAAACAAGUUUCAAACCUGCAUUCUAGCAGAUGGAUCUUCAGUCAAGGUAUCUGUAGCUACUAUUUCUAUCGAUACACCAUAUAUUACAGGAACUUUUGAUGGUUGGUGCAUGGAUAACCCUAUUUAUGAUCUCAUCAUCGGCAAAUUCGAUAAGGUAAGAUCACCUGAUGACCCAGAUCCGCUGUGGACUGAAGUACAUGCUGUGGAGACUCGCCAACAAGUCAAGAAAAAACAGAAACCGUGUCCUCAACUUCAUGUCCCAGAGAUUUUAAAAGACACUAUAAGACCAGAAGAUAUUAAGAUUGCACAGGAGAGAGACGAAACCCUUGGAAAGAUUCGUCAAUGGGCAGCAGCAGACCAGGAGGUACUGAAACGGAGAGGAAAAAUAAGUUGGUUUCUGAAAAGCGGAUUAAUCUACCGUAAGUAUCAAUCAACAGAUGAGAACGGUAAGAUUUUUAUUCAACUUGUGGAACCACAAAAAUUUAGAGAGGUUGUAAUGAAUUUGGCGCACCAAUUCAUUAUAUCAAGACAUUUAGCCACUUGUUGUACAACUUCUAGGAUUCUUACAGAAUUUUGUUGGCCUGGAAUACAGUCUAAGAUAAAGCGUUUCUGUCGCUCAUGCGAUAUUUGUCAGAGAACAGUGCACAAAGGCCGUGUUACUAGAUAUCCUUUGCAGAAGAUGCCUCUCAUAGACGAAGUGUUUAAAGGGGUCGCAGUAGAUAUCUCUGGACCAAUCCAUCCAGUCACAGAUAAAGGAAACAGGUAUGUACUCACUUUAGUUGAUUUCGCAUCUAGGUAUCCAGAAGCCAUUCCUCUGGCAACAAUAGAAACUGAGAGAGUUGCGGAGGGACUCUUGGAGAUCUUUUCAAGGAUGGGUAUACCUGACGAAAUAUUGAGUGAUAUGGGUAGUCAGUUCACAUCAGCUUUCAUGAGAGAGUUAGUUUUUGGAAGGCAUGUCAAGGGACCAGUAAGUAUCCUCAAAGAACUGUCGACCAGAGAUGUCGACGAUCCUCAGGUAAGAACAACCUACGAGUAUGUAUUGGACUUAAGGGAAUGUCUAGAAUCAACAGCUGCACUAGCGAGAGAAAUCCCAGAGAAGGCAUCUAAAAAACAGACAAAAUACUACAACAAAUCGGCAAGAACUAGACUUUUGAAAGUAAAUGACAAGGUAUUGGUUCUUUUACCGACAGAUUCUAACCAAUUAUUACAGCAGCGGAAGGGCCCCUUUAGCAUCAAAAAGAAGGUAAACAAGGUAGAUUACCAGAUCAGCAUGGGAGAACUGUCAGAUGACGAUCGAAGGAAGUUUAUUUCACUCCUGAAUCAAUUCUCAGAUGUUCUCUCUGAAGUUCCAGGUAACACUCACUUGAUUGAGCAUGAUAUCAAAACUAAUUCAGAUCAACCAAUCAGAAGUAAGUCAUACUCAGUACCAUUUGCAAUGAGAGAUACUGUGGAUAAAGAGGUAGAGAAAAUGCUUGAGUUGAAGGUUAUUGAGCCCUCAGACAGUCCUUAUUGCUCACCAAAUACUAGAUUUGUCCAAAGGUUACUGGCAAGUUCCACUCACUGCAUCCUCAAAGCCAAAGACAGCCUUUCAAACAUCCAAAGGUUUGCUUCAGUUCCGAGUUAUGCCGUUUGGAUUAGUAACAGCUCCAGCGAUAUUCUCAAGACCUAUGCUAAGUUACUUUAUGGUAUGCAGAACAUUGACAAUUUUAUUGACGAUGUCAUCAUUUUCACACCUGAUUUUGACCAGCAUCUGAAGAUACGCGAGGAACUCUUCAGUAAAUUGCGAGAUGCAAAUUUAACAGCCAAGCCAUCAAAAUGUUCGAUAGGGUACAGCAGUUUGGAAUGUCUUGGACAUAUUGUAGGUGAGGAUAGACUAAAACCACAUCCUGAAAAGGUAAGGGCUAUUCAAGACGAAAGUAGACCAGAGACGGAACGCCAACUUAAAUCUUUUCUUGGUUUGACAGAUGCGUCAGAAGGUGAUAUUGGUGCCGUUCUUUUGCAGCUUGACGAUGAUAUUGGGUUGAAACUUCCAGUAGCAUACGCUAGCAGUAAACUGAAACCGAGCGAAUACCAUCAACCCCUGAUGUAUCUCAACAAGACUGAAGUGAUCAAUUCCAGAGUGAUGCGAUGGGCGCUUAGUCUUCAGUUUUAUAGGGAUUGCAAUCAGAGGGAUAGAUAA